CAUAAGAAGAGCUUGGCUGGUUUACCCGGCUGCUAAAUACACAAAAGCCUAGCUGGAUCACCGAAGGCCCGUCCUGUCUGCCUUUCACAACCUCCUCUGCUGCUGCCCCUCCCCAGCAGGUGGCAUUUAUAGGUAGACCCCCUCUGGACAUGGAGGUUCCACAUAGCUGUCAUGACUAAAAGCCAUUGGUAGACCUCUCCUGCAUGGCCUCUAUCUAAGCUGGGGCCAUUGCCACACCUCGUGGCAGCAAAUCCCACAUAUGAAUGAUAUGUAGUGGUGUUGCUUGGCAGUCUGCAUAUGUUCAGAGGCACUCUUGUCCCAGGAUGGAAUCCUGAGCAAGAAAACAUAUCCCCAGGCUGAGCAAGGUUCUUGUUGAGUUCUGUAUCCCUAGCUUCCUGAAACAGAGGUUUUAUUUCUUAUACUAUUACAAAUAUUCAUUUCCACCCAAAGCCGCACAAGAUCUUCAGACAUUAACCCUAACCGGCCCCAUGUAUUGCAAAAUGCCUGGCACACCGAAAACCCUCCUCCACGCAUUGUGGGCCACUCUUCCCAUGUGGCGUUUUCGCAUACACUCAGGUUGCCAUAUAUUCUUUAUAUGCGGUGUGUGUAAGCGGGGGUCACACAUGACAAUUUACAUGGAGGCUGUGUUGGAGCUUCUGCGUGGACAUAUUUCUCGUAUGGGUUUUUUUGGUAACAAGUUGUAGCUUCUCAGUCUCCUGUCCCCUCACUUGCUUCUCCGCAGCAAGUGCCUCUCAUUUCAAAGUAUGUUUGCCCCUAAUUAACUCUCCCUUAAUGGCCUGCUGCAUUGACAUUUGCAGUAUUUGCCAAUUCCGAGAAGGCACUGAAGUCAUGUCUUUAUUUGGAGGUGCAGAGCGAAGAUCCCUUGUGUAUGGAUUAGUUACAGCCCAUUCACGGCUGCAGUCCUAACCCUGUUUACUUGUGAAGAAAGCCCCACUGAAAUCAGCGAGGCUUACUUCUGGGUAAAGGCUGUUCCAGAGGUGGAGUUUCCUUCCAGGCUUCAAUGCAUGUUGGUGAGCAAGAGGAGAGUGCCACUGGUCCGGGGCCCGUCUUGAAAUCACCUUUUGACCUGCUGCUGCGUGGCGGAGUUUGCCCAGAUGCCCCCUGGCUGCUAGGCAGCAGCAAGGCCUCUUCGUCCCCGCGCCACUCUGGAGCAGCCUGCGGACCUAAAGCAGCCGGGUUGAUCUCCCAGGAAGGAGAUGGCCGUGCCCCCCACGGGGCAGGGGGGUGCCCGCCUGGCGUAGGGGACUCCGACCCCGAGGGCUCCAGCCAGCCGUCGCUGGAUGCGGCCGGAGACACCGCAGCCGCUGGGGUGGCUGCCGACCCCCAGGUGCUGCCCGCCAUGGCCGCCGAGGUGCGCCUGAAGAAGCUGGAAGAGAUGGUGCUGGACCAGAGAGUCGUGGGCUUGGAGAGCCUGGUGGACCUUCUGCUCUGCGUGCAUCACGAGCUGAGCACAUCUCCUCUGGCCCAGGAAAAAUACAUCAUGGAGUUCUUGCAGUGGGCGGAGCCCGUGACCUCCAGACUGAAAGAGCUGCGGCUGCAACGGGACGAUUUUGAGAUCCUAAAAGUGAUUGGCCGAGGAGCCUUCAGCGAGGUGGCGGUGGUGAAGCUGAAGCGGACGUCGCAAGUGUACGCCAUGAAAAUAAUGAACAAGUGGGACAUGCUGAAACGCAGUGAGGUUGCCUGUUUCCGGGAGGAGCGGGACGUUCUGGUGAAUGGAGACAAACGCUGGAUCACGCAGCUGCAUUUUGCUUUCCAGGACGAAAACUACCUGUAUCUGGUGAUGGACUACUACGUUGGGGGUGACCUCUUGACCCUGCUGAGCAAAUUCGGGGACCGCAUCCCUAUGGAGAUGGCCCGGUUCUACUUGGCUGAGAUGGUGAUGGCCAUCGACUCCAUCCACCGCAUGGGCUAUGUGCACAGAGACAUCAAACCGGACAACAUCCUACUUGACCGAUGUGGGCACAUCCGACUCGGGGACUUUGGCUCCUGCCUCAAGCUCCGUGAAGACGGAACGGUCUGCUCUUCUGUGGCCGUUGGCACGCCAGAUUACCUCUCCCCUGAGAUCUUGCAAGCAGUGGAAGAUGGAACUCAUUCCUACGGCACCGAGUGCGACUGGUGGUCACUGGGGGUUUUUGCCUACGAGAUGUUCUUCGGCCACACGCCCUUCUUUGCUGACUCCGUGGUGGAAACCUACGGCAAGAUCAUCCAUUUCAAAGAGCAUUUCCAGUUCCCGCUGUCGGCACCGGAGAUCCCCCCAGAAGCCCAGGCCUUGAUCGAAGGGCUGAUCAGUCCCCGCGAGACUCGGCUGGGGCGGAGUGGGGUCCGGGACUUCCACGAGCACCCCUUCUUCAUUGGGGUGGACUGGGAGAGCCUGCGGGACUGCACGCCACCCUUCGCGCCCGAAUUUGUCAACGCCACCGACACCUGCAACUUCGAUGUCGUGGACGACUGUCUCACUGACAUGAAUGAGCCGGAGGAAAGAGGCCGCAGCGACAUCAGCAUGGAGAUCAUCGACUGCCCCAGGAGGACCCCGUCGGGGGAGCAGAUGCCUGAAGACCCCCCCGAGGAGCUGGCCUGCAAGCUGCCCGACGGGCAGAAGCCGGACCUCGCCACUUUCCUGGAGCUGCAGUCGGCGCUGGAAGCAGAGCUGAGGAGCCGGGAGAUGCUGUGCCAGGAGCUGAGCAUGGUCAAGCUGGCCAACCAGACCUUUGCCAGCCAACUGGAGGAAGCCGGGACCCGCAACUUGGAACUGGAAGCGCAAAUCAAACGCCUGGAGGAGCAGAUUGAAGGGAUGAAGCCCCUCGGCGAGGAAGCUGCUCUGGGGUGGAGCCCUCGUUGGCCCCCCAACCACACCCACCCUUUCUUGUGCUGCGUGGAGCACCCGGCUCAUGCGGCACCAUGGCAUCUCGGCUCUGUGAAUACCCGCUUGUGGUGCCUCUGUACCGGCACCUGCUGCUCUUUUCCAGGGUACAUAGGCCCUGCAUUGUCAAGGUGGGAUACCUGCUUCUGUGCACCGGCGGAUUUGUACGGGAGGCCUCUGCCCAGAGUCUGGUGGAAGUGGUUUGAAUGCUGCCGGGCGUGCAGCUGGGCAUGCCUGCCACUGCUGAGGCCACGUUUCUGGUGGAGCCCUGCUGGGCACGUGGCCUGGGAGAGGGGGAGAAGCCCAGUCCCCAGCAGCCAGGAGGGACCUUUGGCAUCCAGACACGGAGGGAACAGCGGUCAAAUCGCAGACUGAAUGCUUCCUGGCCGGCCUCUUCCCCAGGCUCCCUCCUCCCUGCCCUCUCCUCACCCGCAGCCUUCACAGCAGAAAGAUGGUGCCACUGCACAACCACACCCCGCCCCCCCAUCUCUCGGACUUCAAGGGAUUCUCUAGUGGGGGGGUGGAGAGCUCAGAGCUGGCAAGAAAAACAGGCAGAGGUCCCCACGGCCACCUGCGCACUAUUAGACCACUCCCCGUCGAGCCAGUUCUUUCUUUUAGCACCUGCCCUUCAGCCCCAGGCCACACACCCCUCUGCAGGCAUCCCAGCUGUGAUGAGCCCCCCCCUUCUCAGAGUGUGUGUGUGUGUGGGGGGAACCGCUCCCCGGCUCCAGCUGGGAAGAAAACGCUCUUCGCGCCAACAUACCACUGACUUUCAACACACCGUUCUCCAAGUGACAACUGCAGCAGGAUGGCAGCUCUCCGGGGCUUCUCCAGGAGUUUGGGUUGAAGGCCAUGGCUGCUGGGGGCGAGAGCUGGCUGCUGUCUCCUCUGGGGGGAGAGCCAGCGGGAAGGCUGCCCCUCGGAGGACGUGGGCCCUGACGCCCCGUGGCUGCUUUGCAGGAAGACACUGUGCUAUGAAGCCCGGCAGAAGAGGGCUCCUCCGCCAGGCCUGGCUUCCUGACGUCAGCCUUCAGAGAUCCCCAGAAGCCGGAGCUGCCACUCAAGGGUUGCCCAGCUCAGCGGCAGGGCCUGCAGACUGGGGGGGCCGGGCCCCCCUCCUCCUCCUGGAGGACUUCCCAGAAUAAACUGGAGGUGUGGGCUGUAACCGGCAUUGUGGGAGGAAGCAUGGGCCACUCAGGGUUUGGGCUACAAGACCUGGGCACGGCCUUGGACGAGGUGAAAACGCUUGCUUGGCAGCGACUAGGGAGGGGGGCGACUCUUGUGCCAACACUGACUUGUACCUGCACUUCCACACAGCAGACACCAGGCGGCAGCACCAAACCUUUCUUGCUCCACACGGCAACACACACCUGGUUCUUUAGUAAUUUAUUUGGAAUGGUGGCUGGUGGCGUUCAUCUUGCUCCCUCAAGCAGGAGAGAUACCUGUGGAAGGUGUGUGCGCCUGCUCCUACGAGGAGCACACAGGACAAGAUUUGGCUGGGGAGGGGGGCAAAUUGUGCUAGUUUGAGGUUUUUGCACUAUGUGCCCCUUGGUCUGCGUCUCUCUCUCUCUCCACCUUUCUCCCCCCCACUGUAUUUAUUAUUCCUCCCCCCACCUUGUGUAAUAUGGUACAUUGGGUUUAAUGCAUGAAAACACUGUACAUUUGUGAAAAUGUGAGUUAAGGAGGCUCCCUCUUUAGAGAUGAAAUAAAGUCAGACUAUUCCAA